AUGUAUGGUGCCAGUGCUGUAGUUGGUGCUGCAGCUGGUGCCAGUGCUAGAGUUGGUGUUGCAGCUGGUGUCAGUACUGGAGUUGGUGCUGCAGCUGGUGUCAGUUGGGCUGCAGCUGGUGCCGGUGCUAGAGUUGGUGCUGCAGAUGGUGCCGGUGCUGGAGUUGGUGCUGCAGCUGGUGCAAGUGCUGGAGUUGGUGCUGUAGCUGGUGCCGGUGUUGGAGUUGGUGCUGCAUCUGGUGCCGGUGUUGGAGUUGGUGCUGCAGCUAGUGCCGGUGUUGGAGUUGGUGCUGCAGCUGGUGCCGGUGUUAGAGUUGGUGCUGCAGCUGGUGCCGGUGUUGGAGUUGGUGCUGCAGCUGGUGCCGGAUCGGUGACUGACCGUAGUGUGGAAGAGGAGCCCUUUCCAGCAUCACAGAACACUGAAGAGAACAAGAAAACAUUCGAAUGUGCCGAAGACCUUUGCGCUGCAUUGCUUCUUCUCCGCAUGACAAGAGGUGGCUUCGUUGUUUACGUCGACUCCGUCGGCCAACUCCCGAAGUGGUUCCGGGCCGCCGUUAUGAAGCAAGGCCUGCCUCCACGACAAGCGAAGAAGGUACAAGCGGCGUUCAUCCAUUCAACAAAUAACUUGAGCACUGCAACAGGGAGCCACGAACCAGCCAAGGUCGUCGUACGCCUAAUUACCGACGUGACCUGA